CAUGGGAAUAUAAACCAAAUACUUGAGGAGCUUGAUCCAAGCGCUCUGAUGGUAAUAGUUAACUACAUUUAUUUCAAAGGGGACGUUAACUUAAUACUAGAAAGCAAAUGAAUGAGGGAAGAAGCACUGUGAAAGAAAAGUCCAGCACAUUUUUCAUAAUGGAUAUCCAGAAAAGAGGAAACCUGAAAAUAACAAUUCCCCAUAAGUCUGGAGCAAGACCUGAACCUGGUAUUAGACACACAGCCUGAGGCAGAUUCUGGGCAGAAUCUCAUUCUCCAGGAUAAGUACACGGCUGGACUGUUCAGGACAAUGAAGUCUGCAUUGUCUUUGUGUUUGCUGUUUCUUGGAGUUCAAGUCCAGGGUCAACAGCAGGUACAACAAACACCAGUGCCAGCAGACCAGUCCCAGGCUGAUCAUGAAAACUUGCCUUAUGUCAAGCUAGCCCCCAGCAAUGCUGACUUUGCAUUUAAGCUUUACAAGCAGAUCAGAGAUGACAUGGGGGAUGGGAACAUUUUCUUCUCUCCUUUGAGUAUCUGCACUGCCUUUGCAAUGCUCACCCUGGGAGCCAGAUCAAACACGCUCAGAGAGCUGCAGAAAGGCCUUGCCUUCAACCUGACGCGGAUGGAGGAGCAGGAGAUUCAUGAGGGAUUUCAGCGUAUCCUCCAGAUGCUGAAUGACCCUCACCGAGAAGACCAACUGAACAUGGGCAAUGCCCUGUUUGUAGACAGCCGAGUGGAAUUGCUUCAAAACUUUUUAAAUGGUGUCACAAAUUUUUAUCAUGCUGAACCUGUUUCUAGUGACUUCCAGAAUCUUCCACAGGCUAUAAAGGAAAUCAAUAUGUACGUGGAAACAAAAACACAUGGCAAAAUUGUUGAUUUAGUCAAGAGUCUUGAUCCGAAAACAGUGAUGGUUCUCAUUAACUACGUUUUAUUUAGAGGCUCCUGGGAAAGUCCUUUCAACAGUUUAAAAACGAGAGAUGAUGACUUCUUUUUGGACACCAAGAAUUCUGUUAAGGUCAAAAUGAUGCAUCAAAACAAGAACUUUAAUGUCCACAGGGAUGAGAAGUUGUCUUGCUGGGUAGUAGAAAUCCCAUACAUAGGAAAUGUUACUUCAUUUUUUGUUCUGCCUGAUCAAGGGACAAUGAAACAGGUGGAAGAUGCUCUGCUAAAAGAAACAGUGUCUAACUGGUUGAGAGCAUUUGAAAAAAGAAAUAUCUACUUGGAUCUUCCAAGAUUCUCUGUCUCCGGUUCCUAUGAUGUUAAGAGCCUGUUUGAGAAAAUGGGCGUGACAGAGGUGUUCAGUGAUCAGGCUGAUCUCUCUGGAAUGGCAAAAAAUCUUCUUCUGAAGGUUUCCAAAGCAAUUCACAAGGCCACGGUGGAUGUCAGAGAGAAUGGCACAGAGGCUGCUGCAGCAACUGUGUUAGAAUUUAUACCAUACAGUCUACCGCUUUCUCCUCCUCCUCACAUCACCUUCAACAGGCCCUUCAUGAUGCUGAUUAUUGACAAAACCACUGAUGGUCUCCUCUUCCUGGGGAAAAUUGUCAACCCAACUGCUGAGGAAGACUAGGCCAGAGCACUUUACUCUCCACUGCAGAGAGGAGAGCUGGUGCACAUCCCAGGAAUUUCUUUGCAAAGUAGGACUCGAACUGAUCUGAUGCAUAAUUAACAAAUAAAUCUUCUGUCAAGUUCUUCUUUACUUUAAAA